CCAGACAUUCAAGCAGUUGAACACCCAGUACAACGCCGCACGAACACAACAGGUCCACCUCUCGCUGUUCACCGUGUCAAGGUGUCGUUCAAGGAUGAGCCAGGUGAAGGAAGCGGCGUGGCGCGGAGUUUCUACACAGCCAUUGCUCAGUCUGUCUUGUCACAAGAAAAACUUCCCUCAUUAGAAGGAGUGAUGGUGGGCAAGAGCUUACAGUAUAAUUUAAUACAAAGAUUAAGGUCACGGGAGCGCCAGAGAUCACAACUUUUGCGACAACGCAGCCGUGAGCGAGAAGGUCGUAGGUCUCUGUCUUAUGACGCGCCACCAUUUUACAUGCCUUCUGAUGCUGGGACAGCAGGAGGAAGUGGAUCAGCCGAGCCCCCUAGUGGUGAAAAUUACGAGCCUCUCUCACAUUAUCGCAGGCAGCUCGGGGAGAGACUGUAUCCUAAAGUCCGAACUCUCCAACCGUCACUGGCAGCCAAGAUCACAGGGAUGUUACUAGAGUUGUCUCCUGCACAGCUGCUCUUGUUGCUGGCCUCAGAAGAUUCUCUGCGCCAGAGAGUUGACGAGGCGGUGGAGGUCAUCAUGUCACAUGGCAGAGAAAUGAACGCCGACGCUUUGCUGGAUCUGGACAUCUUCAAUCUGUCUGCUGACAAAGCCAAGAAGACGAGUGUGCCUGAUCACCGCAGCGACAUGGACGAAGACGAUGAAAUAGAGGAUAAUGUCCCCUUGUUUUGGCAGCCGGGAAAACGAGGGUUCUACUUCCCACGGCCAGGAAAGAAUUCACCGGAACGAUUAAAUGCAUUUAGGAAUGUUGGCAGGAUAAUAGGCUUGUGUUUACUCCAGAACGAAAUGUGUCCGUUAUUUUUGACGCGACCGGUCUUUAAAUUUAUUCUUGGUCGUAAAAUCGGCUGGCACGACCUGGCGUUUUUCGACCCUGUGAUGUACGAGAGUUUACGCCAGCUUGUAGUGGAUGCACAAACAAAAGACGCCUCCAUCAUGUUCCAGGCAUUAGACAUGAACUUCUGUAUAGAGCUUUGUCCUGAAGAGGGCGGAGGUCAGGCUGACCUUGUGUCCGGUGGAUCAUUGGUAGAGGUCACAGCACAGAACGUACAUGACUACGUCCGUAGGUAUGCAGACUUCAGGAUGUUCAAGGUUGCACAGAAGGCACUCAAGCAUUUACAGAUGGGUGUGUUAGACGUGAUCCCUGCCCACACACUGGAGGGCUUAACCGCAGAGGACCUAAGGCUGCUCCUGAAUGGUGUUGGCGACAUCAAUGUACAGACGCUCAUCAGUUACACCUCCUUCAACGACGAAAGUGGUGAGAACAGCGAGAAGGUUCAGAGGUUCAAGCGUUGGUUCUGGUCGGUGGUGGAGAAAAUGAACAAUCAUGAACGCCAGGAUCUGGUUUAUUUCUGGACGUCAAGCCCAGCCUUACCGGCCAGUGAGGAAGGGUUCCAGCCCAUGCCUAGUAUUACAAUACGGCCAGCAGAUGACGAUCAUCUACCUACAGCCAACACGUGUAUAUCACGCCUGUAUAUUCCACUCUACUCUACCAAGCUCAUCCUGAAGAGCAAGCUGCUGCUGGCCAUUAAAACAAAAGCCUUCGGCUUUGUUUGAAGGAGAUUUGAGACUUUGCAAUAUGGAGGAUUUGUGGAAUAAAUGAUAUCUGAAUGCCACUUGAAAGCUCCAACCAAGGGAGAUACGCUGGGAGUGUAAUGUCCAGGUCUAGGAAAAUCCAGUGUCUAGCUGGUGGAUUCCUGCUUCUGCAGAAAACAGUGAAGAGGUCUUACAAGGGACAUAACUGCAGCCGGAACUGUUGUAAAAGCUUUUCGUUUCAACCUUGUUAUGCUGUUCUCCCUGUAUUUUGUCAAGUUUAGUAUUGGAGUGGGGGAAUGUUAUUCGUGUGGAGAAAAAGCUGAUAGCUAUUAUGACUGACUAAAGGAUCAAUUCGUAUUUUUGUCAAGUCUUCGAUUUUGGAGGCUUCACUAGUACAUGAACCACAAUCUCUGACCAAUCAUGUUCUGGAUACUGAAACAAACUGUGUUUGUUACAAUGAUUGUCAUUGGCUAUAUAUGUUUGAUGAUGGGGUCUUUCUACAGCAAGCAGCCAAUACUUUGAACAAUGGAUCAGUUUUCAGUCAGAAUGUUUGUGCCUUGUUUUAUUUAUGUCCAAGCAUAUGUGCAGAAUUGUGAAAAGCUGAAAGAAAGGGCUUGUUUUGUUUUGAAUUCUAGCUACCUUUAUUUACCUUGAGGUACAAGUUUUAAGUGUCUUUAAAUUUGAGAGAGACGAACAGUGUUAUAAAGCCAUCAUGUGUUCUAUUAAAUUACCAUUUUACGGAGACUUCAAAACUUUGCCAUCCAAAAUUCUUAAAUGAAAUGCACAAAUUCCUUUUACGUGGCAGUUGAAAUUCAAGUUAAUUGAGAUAGUGUGAUCAGUUAUCAAUUUAUAGACAAGGCUUUUUUGGCUAAGUGCAAAGAUGGUGUUAAUCGCUGAAUUUACAAUUAAAUUUAAACGUUAAGUGUUGGAUAUCUUCUGGUUUGCUGUGAAGAAUCUUGCAGUAACUGAUUCAGUUGUCAGCUGUGUUGGUGUGGUAUUUUUUACCAGAAAAAAAAGUGACAAGAAACAUUUGUCUAGACUUCCACUUUGUAACUGUCUGGAAAGGAAACUUGCUGUUGGCAUCAAUGGUUCCAUGGGAUUGACACUUGUCAGGGCCAUAUCUAGAACCAUUUUAGUUCUGGAAAACAUUUGGGCUCCCAAACGGUUACAUUGAGCUCAAUACAAGCUCAAGCUAUUACAUGUACAUGUAAAUUGAACAAAAGAUGUGAUGGCUUACCAAUAAAAAAUUUAGUUUUCAUACAAACUUCUUUCAUCCACAGACUUUAAAGCCAUCAGAAAGAAUCAUUUGAGUUGCAGUUUGUAGCAUUUUCAAGUUUAGGAUCAGAGCCUUUAGUUUUUUUGUUUUUUUUUUUAGAUAUGGCCCUGGUUCUGCCAUCUCUGAACCAGCCUUAAUUCAGUCUUACAGAUUAAUCAAGGUUCUGUGUGUAUUGUAAGUUAGUCAUUUCUAGCAAAAACGGAGAAUAGAUAUUACACCUCAAAUCAGAAGCCUGGAAAUAGAUGUAAGCUCAAACUAUGUAUGGAAAUUACUUCAAUCUGUUAACACUGACGACACAGGUAGGUUCAGAAAAAUCCCAGAUAAAUUUCGGUUUGUACGAAAGUUUCAGUGUGAAGUUCACUUUCUUCUAAAUGUCAUAUCCAUAUUAUCAAAUGUUCUUUGAAAGAAGUAAAUCAGUUCUGGUUUUGAAAAGUAACUGAAAUCAUUUAUGUUUCUCUCUGAAUUAGGCAUCUUCUCAAUAAAUAAUGGAACUGUCAAAUGGCCAUGUUAAAAUCUAUGUUAAUUUUGUAGUCCUCGCUAUGAUGUGUUCUCAUCUUUUUCCCCAUUUCAUCAGUGUUGUAGAAGUAAAUUUGUUUCAUGAAAUGAAAAUUGGGGUACAAGGUGACUUCAUGUAUAUCUGUUGCUCGAAUGAAAUCAAGAUGGCUGACUGUAGUCCUGUUAACCGGCAACUCAUGUGGCUACAAUGUGAUUCUCUUUAAGUCAUCAAAUGAAUAAAG